CACUCCACCCACUGCAGUCUGACAGAGAGCCCAGCAGGCUCCAGUCGCACUUUUGCUUUGAGCGCGAGGCUGACAGACGCGUCCGAAGUGUUUAACUGGUGAUUAAUAAUGUCGAGCACGACUACGAACACUUAAAAAGAAUAGGAUAAAAGGUGAAACAUCGCGUUUUGAGAAUAUCAACAAAGGAUUAAGGGACUUCACUUUGGAUUUUACCCGGAAUAUCCGAUAAAAACCCUUAAAGAGGAUGUUUCGAGUUUGGGAUAUCUCCCUGUUGAUAUGCUUCUCUGUCUCACUCAUGUUCGUCGGGGUUGAAGGCAGAUCAGAGCUCCCUCCACCAAUGAACCUGACUUUCAAAUGGGAAACACCUUUCACUCUUAAUCUGACAUGGGAAAAACCGAAGGAUCUUGACCCUGAUUGCAAAGUCAACUACACGGUGUGCGUGCACCAUUCUCAGGACUGUUCUGUAAAAACCAAAUCAGACAUGCAAGGAGACAAACGUAGCCAAACCAAGAGAGUCCAAAACACCACCUGCAAAUUUAAUAUCUCCAAUGAGAAUGGACUGUGCAUCAGUGUUACAGUGAACCCUGAAACCUGUGAAAACAAAAACCAUAGUCCAUCUUUGGACAUUAGCCUCCCUCCACCUACAGUGACGCUGGUGACAAACAGGAGCUAUGAGUAUUCCCAUAACAGGCUGAAGUGCACGUGGAGACCUGUUGACGUAGUCCAAGACCUUGGUUUUUAUUACUGGUCACCUCAGAAAAAUAUGGUAAUAAAGUGCAAUGAUAUGACGUUUGGAGAAUGCGUCAUACACGAUGCACUUCUCAAGGACAUGACAAGCAUGUUUUACCUGUUCAAUGGCACCUAUAAUGGUAAACCUGUAAACAACACUUUCAUGGAUAAACGGCCAGCACAAUACGUGAAACUAAACAAACCUCAACUUACGAUCCAGAAAGAUGGGCACAAUCUCCGUUUUCAGACAAACAAAUCAGAUUUAGAUGAGUUUGGACCUCACUGCUACAUAUACAAAUACAAAUACAGCAAGUGCGAUAAGAUCGAACCAGAAAAGGAGGUCAUAGAAGAUAACAAGUAUGAAGUGGACCAUGACUCAAACUGCAAGUACAGAGCCAGUGUCCAGAUCAUCUUCUCAGACAAAUGUGGUGCAGGGAAGAGUGACCCGAGUGACGAGGUGGAAUACGGUGAGAACAGAGAUGCACAUUUGCCUGCAUUGCUGGCUGUCAUUAUUAUCCCGCUCAUAGUUUCCUGUUGCCUGAUAGUGUCUCUUGUGCUGCUAAGAAGACAUAAAGACAUCAUAUUCCCAAAAAUCCCAGAGCCAACGCUCAUCUUUAAGGACAUGCUCAUCAACAACAUCAGAAUGCCAGAGGAUCUACGGAGUCCUACAGAUGGCAGACUGUAUGUCCCUAUUGAAGAAAUCGUAGAAAGCAAGAUAAGUCUUGAACCUGAGACACCACUUGUACCAACCACAGCAAAUGCAGGCAUAAAAAAUUCUGAUGACUGAAAAUCUUCCAGUACAUCAGGAAGGUCUCAGGGUGAACUUAAAACUUACACUGACGGGAAAAUGUCUAUACAAGGAGGAGGAUUAAAUUCCUGUUGUCUGUUUCAUCUGCUGAUGAAUAAUAAACUCAGGCUCCACCUAAAUUUUUUUAAUGGACUUCGACCUCAAUUAUAGCAGUUGCCAGUAAAUUGCUCUUCUUGGCACGACAGUGGCUUGUUUUCAUUGAAUGUAUUGUGAAGAUAAGAAAAGCAAUCAACAGACUUUCCUGGAGCAGGUUGGUUGGCUCUGAUUAUCUGGUAUGUGAAGCUCGCACUGUACCCACUCGGUGUAUCCAGACGCUGGCGGACGUCAUAAGCAGCUUCAUGCAACAUGAUAGAGGAACACUGCAAAAAGGUUCAUGGAACAUUUGAUCUCUUGCACACCAUUACUGAACUGUUCUAUGCUAGUUUAUACAGCCGCAUCUAUGGACUUGUGGGUGUUCUUGCACAUAGUUUACAAACUAAAUGUACUGCUACAAAAAUUAUUUUGUAAAAAGAAGAAAAAAAAGAAAAGAAAAAAAACUUUAAAGAAAUUAGGUUUUCUAUACACUGUGAAUUGUUACAUGUAUUAAAGUGUGAUUUACUGUAUUCCAAAAAAAAAAAAAAAAAAUGUUCUUGACUCUAAAUAUGUAUAUUAUGUUCACAUUUUUGACUAACAAAUGGAUAUAGACAAAAUAAUGGAUAUGGAACGUCACAUGACAAAUAUUCAGACAUUCAAAAAAAUACAAUUAUAUAUAUAUAUUUGUAUAAAUUGUGUAUUAAAUGAAAUAUAUACCUUAAAAGGUAAAAUUGUAUUUAUUUGCAUACUUUCUGUUUCAUGUCAAGUUUAAGUAGACAUAGUAUUUUCCUGUAAUUAAAUUGUUUGCAUAACUGGGCA